ACAUUUACUGUUGGUACCAAGUGGAACCGAUUUCUAACUGUAAAGGGAUUUGGAGAACAGGUUACUGUGUGUGAAAAUGAAGGAAGGAGUGACUGAAACGCUUGGCGUUUUAACUGUGGACAUCGAUAUUCAUUAUGAUUUGGAUAUGACCAAGUUCCCGGGUGUUGACGACCCUGAUUGUGUUCAGGAGCCUACGCUACUGUUACCGUCUCAGAAGAUGAACGAAGCCUGGUUUGAUGCGAUUACACAAUAUGAUGACCCCGAGUCUGACGAAGAGGAGUGCGACGUUGACGACAGUGACACCGAACCUGGCGACGAUGGAUGCGUUUUCUGUGACGCUCUGGUGUCUGGCGAAGACAAUGACAGCGAUCCUAUUACAACAAAGCCAUGUUACUCAACGCACAAUUCGCCGCGUAUGUUGUACUUUUUCAACGAUUCCCAUUUGAUUGAAUAUGAGACUGUGGAGAUCAUGGAAGGUGAACAUCCAACAGACUCAAUACAUCUAGGACACGAAGGUCAAGGACAGGAAUUCGAGUGUACAACUGAAGAAAAGACAUAUUGGUUGAAUAACUCUAACCAAGACAAUUGUAUCCAACCCUCAGAACAUGAGCCAGCUGAGUGUGUUAUUACCGACUUACAAAACACUUCCUACACACAGCUUACUCCCUGUCAGUAUGUGUCGGAUUCAAAUUCGUCACAUCAGUCUCAAUAUAUGGACACAUGCAUAACGGAACAGCUUCCUCUCUUCAUUGACUUAGUGGACGAGUUAUCUCCCUUUCUCUCCCCAAGCGGCCAUGUUAGAUCACGGAAGGGAGAUAACUCCAUGGACCAGUCGGGCAGUGACGAUGAAUUUAGAUACUUUCUUGCAUCCGAUGAGGGUUUGAUGACAAUAGACACGUCUAAUACAUCAAUUAGUCACAAGAACUGUAAAAACGCCACAAUAUUUCCCAGAGGAUCAUAAUGGGGAACAGGAUAGUCACUAUUUGUGAUCGAGAAUAAAGGGGACGCAAAUUAUUCUUAUUCACGUGAAGAACUGCCUCACACGAAUCAUGGGUGCGCACAGAUACCCUUAUCCUCUCCCAAGAUGCACUCUUCUUUGUGGAUUCCGGGGUAGAAACAUUCCCCAGAACACCAAGCAUGUUGUACGAGUCGACAUAUUGAGGUCAGGAUUGAAACUCCGAAUGGCUUGGCCGAAUGAAUGACAUCGUACCCCACCGCCCCAACAUCUGUGUCAACAACUGGUUUGUCUGGACCAGGUUCGAUUAUUCAUUGGCCGCCAUGAAAUGUCAGUGCCUGUAGCGUAAAACAACAUCCACACGCUCACACCAAGACGUACUAGAUUUCUUACUUACGAAUAUAUAAAUAAAUAUAUUCAUUGUGAUAUUCCAAGGAAACACCGUGCAGUGAUCAAAAUCCUUUUUGAGUUCUGCAUUCAUCUAUAUACAUGUAUUGUCAUUUUCACAUAUUUGUUAUACGUUUUUAUUUAUGAGUAUCAAUUACAUGUAUUAUACAGAGAACAUAUUUAUUAUCAUCUUGAUAUUUGUUUGAAAA